UUAGGGAAACUUCUUAUGGCUACAUCAAAUGGUAAUAGUUUGCCAUUGUAGCAAUAACAUAAACUAACUUUUUUACGCACGCCAAAGCGAGUUACAGCCCUUAAGUCGCUUUUUCGAUCAGUUGGUUACAUAUCAAAGUCCAAUACUCCGUGUGACUGAUAGGUAAUACUAUUUCAAAACAUGGGCGUUUUUACGGCUUUUUUUUUAUUAAUCACAAAUAUUUCAAUAAGCAUUAAAGAUUUGCUAGAGAAUCAUUUUGAUGAUAUUUUAGCCUUGUAUAGUGAUGAAGACCAUAGUCGUAGUUUGGACGACGAAGAGAAAAGGAUGAGAGAUUUAUUGCAGGAGAGGAUCAGCGCCUGUUUUUGCAAAGAGAAUUUUGAACUAGAAAUCCCCCAAAAAUCUUUGGCAUAUAUACACGAUAUAGAAUAUGUUGAACUUUUUGUUGUCAUGUACAUGGGAUAUUUAAAUGGACUUGUAAGGAAGCAAUUAGAUAAACAGUUCGGAGUGGAUCGGAAAGAUAAAACAAUAGCAUAUGUUAUAUCUGUCGAAAAAAAAUUGUUAGACAACUCAAUUAUUUUAUGCGAUAAUUCUUCAAAGCUAUUAUACCAAUGUGGCAUACUUCGAAAAAAAGACGGACGUAGAAAGGCUCGAAUUGUUGCUCAAGAAGAAGAGAUUAUUUCUGUACUGCAAGAUAAGCUACAAGUCAGUUUUAGACUACAAGAAUACUUUAUUGUUGUGCAGCUGCAUGAAAAUUUUUUACAUAUCACUUUGCACAAGGCAAUUCAAUCACAUGAUACAACUUUAACUGCUAUUACUGCUAUUGUAGUCCAAGAUGAAAUUAUACCAAUUGAAAAUUCUAACAACGAACUUUGUGAAAACAUCUGGAGUUACGUGAAUUCAAAUGGAAAUAUAUGCAACUGCCCUACAAAAAUUGCCAUGCGGGAUGAAGAACUGAUGCUGCUUUUGUUUGAUAAUUACAAUACCUUUAUGAAUAACUUAAGAAAAAAACUUUCUGAAAUCUUUGCAUCCACAGAUACAGGCUUAAAUAUGGACAAAGGGAUGGAUAUCGCGAUCAGUAAGACAUGUGGUUGUAAUGUGACCCUAUCUCUCCGCAAUAUUAUUGAUGUAGGGUUAAAGCCAGUUAUUCAAGACAUCACUACAGUUAUCGCUGCUGCAAUUGCGAACACUGACUUGUUAGGAAAUUACGAAAUUACUUCUGUGUUCAUUCUCGGAAGCAUCUUCAAUCCUUCAAUCAAAUCACCACUCAAAAUAGUCCAUAAACAAAUGUUACAAGAUGAACUUUCUGCUAGUAUUGAAUUGAACGGUAAGGAUACGCCUGGAUAUGUCAUGAAUGAAACUCUUUGUGAACUUCUACAACCGAUGAAGGGAAAAAAGCUUUUUAUGUACGACAGUUUCUGCUAUGGAAACAUCAACCAGACAUCAAGUGAGACAUAUGCAGUUUACAUUGAUGAUUUUUAUGAAAAUCCGUCGUCUGGUAAAGCUUCCAGGCCAUUCUUAUCUUGUAUAAAAUACAACACUGAUGGAGCAAGCAUUGUAAGAGAUUCAGAUGCAGCAAUGAUUGUACUCCAAAAAGGACAGCCAAUUCCUAGUGGAGGAUUAAUCAUACAAUUCAAAAUGGGACUCGGUAGCAUGGAAAAAAAGCUAGACACUAUUUAUGUUUUGAAAAUAGCAUUGGUAAGAUUGAUGAAUUCAGAAAACACUACCCAAGGAGAGAUAGUUUCUUUAGAUAGAAACCGUUAUGAUAAUCUAUGUAUAUUUUCUCUUGUUCGAAACAAGAAAGCUUUUGGUUAUCCUAUUCAUUUUGAAACAAAAUACAAGAGUCAUAAUUCUACCCUCCAGUUCUCACUAAGGAUGACUGGAGAUGGAAAUGAUUAUGAAUCUAACACCAAAUGCACUUCUGUUGCUCAACAGUCAAGAGUCGCUUAUACUUAAAAAUAUUUGGUUUAUAAUAAAUAAAAUAACUCAAUAAGAAAGAAAGAAACGC